AUGCAUUUCGAAGUUUGUGGAAUAGCAGCAUUUCAUGCAUUGUCGCUUAUUUUGAUUGCAACAACAGUUAUAGCCGAUGAAUUAAUUUUCAUACAAAUAGUUUGGCGUCAUGGUGACCGUGCUCCGAUAUUUACAUAUCCAACUGAUACUCAUCAGGAAGAUGCAUGGCCAUACGGUUGGGGUGAACUCACCGAGCUUGGAAUGAUGCAACAAUUUGCUCUUGGACAAUUAAUUCGACAGCGAUACAUCGAAAAAGAUUAUAAUUUCUUGUCGCAAAAUUAUAAACCGAAAGAAUUGUAUAUUAGAAGUACCGAUGUAAAUCGAACAUUAAUUAGUGCAAUGGCUAAUUUGGCUGGUAUGUAUCCUACAGGAAUACCUGGAAAGGAUUAUCCGGAAUACAAGCAAUGGCCAUCUCAUUGGACACCCAUACCUAUUCAUACUAUCGACAAUGAGGAAGAUUUUGUAGGAAACGUUUUUAGUCGAUGUCCUCGCGUUGAUCAAUUAACAGCUAUUAUUCGUUGCAGUAAACAUUACCGAGAUAUAGCUGAUGAAAAUAAAGAUUUUUUUGAUUAUGUAAGCAAAAAAAGUGGUAUGAAAGUAAACUUAGCCAAUGUACACACCAUUAACGAUAUUCAUUAUGCAGAGAUGAUGCAUAAUCUGUCACAGCCAUCCUGGAUCACCGAUGAUGUUUCCAAAAAGUUAAGUAAUUUAUCCAUGAUAACCAGUGAAUUUAUAUAUGGUAUAUCAGAACCAUAUCUACCGGAACUGAUUAAACUUAGAGGAGGCAGUUUAUUGAAACUUUUUUUGGAAAAUAUAAACCAGAAGAAAGAAUGUUUGUCGAAUCCGAAAAAUUCUAGUUGUUCAUGGAUUCUACAACGUAAAUAUUUCGCCCUUUCAGCACAUGACACAACAGUUGCUGCAUUAUUAGCUACACUUGCUGAUGAAAAAAUUCUCGAGGAAAGUUUACCGCAAUAUACUGCUUCUAUUGCAAUAGAAUUGUGGAAUAAAACCGACGUAGGAUUCGCAGUAAAAAUACUCUUUCAUGAAGCAUUCCAUCAUCAAUACCGUGCGAUAACACGUUUUACGAAAGGAUGUCCAUCUGAUAGUGAUUUCUGUCCAUUAAAUCUUUUCCUAAAGCGAUCAAAAAAUUUCUUACCUAAAAAUAUCAAACAGGAAUGUUUACCAAAGGAUGAAAUGAAUAGAUCAAUUUAUAGAUUGUGUGAUACUGAAACUAUUUAA